AUAUGGAGGAAGAGAAAGAUUCGAAGAUGAUCAUUAAUGAGCUUAAACCUGAUCCAGAAGAUGAUCCAGAGAACCAAGACCAAGUGGUGUCUAAAAGUCCUGUUACUGGUGAUGAAGGCAUAUUUCCGACUAUUGUUAAGUCUAAAGAGGAAGAAGAGGAAGAGAAUAGUGAAGAAGCCAGUGCAAUCUUAAACUCUAAAAAGAGACUUGAUGUUAAUUCACUUGAGGAGUCAGAAGAAGGUGCUCAAGAAGAAUCCAAGGCUUCCUUCUCUAAACUCUCCAUUGAUGUAACAGAAGAAGAUAGUAUCAGGGAGCAUGCUUAUAAUUAUUUCAUCUUCACAUUAGCAGGGAAGCCAAUAUUCUGUCGGUUUGGAGAUGAAUUUCAUCUCAGCCCAAUGUUUGCCACAUUUUCAGCAAUGAUACCAAAAAUCUUGAGUUUUUAUUCAAAUAAUGAGUUUUAUAAAGAUAGAAACUUCUUGAGAUGUAUAAGGGGUAAGAAACUCAAAUGAGUAGUAUUGAUUAAAUCCCAAAUCUGCUAUGUUGCAAUCACCAAGUAUAAAGAAACUACCUCUUAUCUCAGACAGCAGUUGGAAUAUCUGCAUCUUCAGAUGGUAUCUCUAAUCACUAAUCAAAUCUUAGAAAGUCUAAAAGAGAGACCUAAUCUAGAUAUCAGAAAUUCUGUAGCAGGAUUGGAGAAGCCCCUACACAUGAUGAGUGAGAUGGUCAAAAGAUCUCCUGCUUGCUUCCUGAAUGCAUUCCCUGUUCUGACCCUUCACAGCUUAUUAAGAAAGGAUCUGUAUCAACUAAUCGAAGAAAACAAGCCUAAUGACUUCUACUAUGGUCUUCUCGUUACUUAUACAACAGUAUUAGGUGUGAUAGAGAAUAAAGAAGAGGAUGCAAUGAUAUGUGCCCCAGAUAUCAACCUGAUUUUUAACUACAUCCAUUCUCUGUCCUCCUUCAGACAUGAAGAAACUUGGACUCCCAUUUGUAUCCCUGGCAUUACAGAAGAAUUCUUACUCCAUGUUUAUGUUUAUUUCUUAAACCCUCAUUUUGGAGUUGUUUAUAUCAGCACUUCUGACCAAAUAGAUGUCUUUUAUGAGUACUCUAAAUCUGCUAAAGCUUUAUUCAGUGAAGUUCAAGAGCUUAAAAUCAUCAACCAUUUAGAAAACUGGAGUACUCGCUUGUAUCAACCUAUUGACAUGAAAGAGAUAACUUGAGCUAUCAUUCGGAAUGACACUUUAGACCAAUUUAUUCACUACAACUUGCCUAAACCUCGCGACUACACACAGGAGCAUGUCGAACUUUUAGCCAGAUUUGAAGAGAUGUACUCAAGAUGCUGUUCAUUCUCCAAUAAGAAAACAUUCUACCUCGUUGAAAAAGAAGAGUAUGAGACCUAUGUGAUCCAUCGUAAUCACUCAGUGGGUAGUUUCAAAUUCACUCUUCUACUUAGACUGAACGAGAGCAUCACUGAGAAGCAGAUUCACCAGAUCUGUGAUGAUCUGCUGAUUGAUUUGAAGCAGCCUAAGAAGAGUUUAUUUAUCAAUACUAAGAGUUAGUUCAAUAUUUCCAA